AUGGUGGCGCUGACCGUAGGUGACAUCACCCAAAAAGGGUAUGAAAAGAAGAGGUCAAAACUCAUCGGAGCCUACCUGCCCCAGCCUCCGACAGCGAACGGAGCUGCCGUGGUCCGGUGUAGACUGCAGCACAGUGAAGGAGCCCCAGGAAGAGCGCUGCACUCCGGCAACAUCGGGGUGUGUGACAUCCGAGAAGCCGCGGUCAGAGAGCGGGCGGCCAGCACCGCGGGGAACCGGCCGCUGUUUUACUUUCGCUUCGCUUGGCUGCGGGCAUGUGGGGUGGAUCAAGCGUUGCCUCCCGAGCGCCGGGCUCCCGUCACUCCUGCUUCUUCCACUCGCUAUCACCGCCGAAGGUCCUCAGGGUCACGAGAUGAGCGUUAUCGGUCAGACGUCCACACAGAAGCCGUGCAGGCGGCGCUGGCUAAACACAAAGAAAGGAAGAUGGCGGUGCCUAUGCCUUCCAAACGCAGGUCCUUGGUUGUGCAGACCUCGAUGGAUGCCUACACACCUCCAGAUACGUCUUCUGGCUCGGAAGAUGAAGGCUCGGUGCAGGGUGACUCCCAGGGGACCCCCACCUCCAGCCAGGGCAGCAUCAACAUGGAGCACUGGAUCAGCCAGGCCAUCCACGGCUCCACCACCUCCACGACCUCUUCCUCUUCUACCCAAAGUGGGGGGAGUGGCGCCGCCCACAGACUGGCCGACGUCAUGGCCCAGACGCACAUAGAAAAUCACUCUGCACCUCCUGACGUGACCACUUACACCUCAGAACACCCAAUACAAGUAGAAAGGCCGCAGGGCUCGACGACAUCACGGACGGCACCCAAGUACGGCAACGCGGAGCUCAUGGAGACGGGUGACGGGGUGCCCGUGAGUAGCCGGGUGUCGGCGAAAAUCCAACAGCUCGUCAACACCCUCAAGCGACCGAAGCGGCCGCCAUUACGGGAGUUCUUUGUCGAUGACUUUGAAGAACUGCUGGAAGUUCAACAACCAGAUCCGAACCAGCCUAAGCCAGAGGGAGCACAGAUGUUGGCCAUGCGCGGGGAGCAGCUGGGAGUGGUCACCAACUGGCCUCCGUCCCUGGAAGCCGCGUUGCAGCGAUGGGGGACCAUCUCCCCGAAGGCCCCGUGCUUGACCACGAUGGACACGAACGGGAAGCCCCUGUACAUCCUCACUUACGGCAAACUGUGGACAAGAAGUAUGAAGGUUGCUUACAACAUUCUGCAUAAAUUAGGUACAAAGCAAGAACCGAUGGUACGACCUGGAGACCGGGUGGCGCUGGUGUUCCCCAACAAUGACCCUGCUGCCUCGAUGGUGGCCUUCUACGGCUGCCUACUGGCCGAAGUUGUCCCUGUGCCCAUUGAAGUCCCGCUCACGAGAAAGGACGCCGGAAGCCAGCAGAUUGGGUUCUUGCUCGGAAGCUGCGGAGUCACCGUGGCCUUAACAAGCGACGCUUGCCACAAAGGGCUGCCGAAAAGCCCGACAGGGGAGAUCCCACAGUUCAAAGGUUGGCCAAAGCUGCUGUGGUUUGUCACCGAGUCAAAGCAUCUCUCCAAGCCCCCUCGAGAUUGGUUCCCACACAUCAAAGAUGCGAACAACGACACCGCGUACAUAGAGUAUAAGACGUGCAAGGACGGGAGCGUGCUCGGGGUGACCGUGACCAGGAUCGCACUGCUGACCCACUGCCAGGCCCUCACACAGGCGUGUGGCUACACGGAAGCGGAAACCAUAGUGAAUGUGCUGGAUUUCAAGAAGGACGUCGGGCUCUGGCAUGGAAUUCUGACCAGUGUCAUGAACAUGAUGCACGUGAUCAGCAUCCCAUACUCGCUGAUGAAGGUGAACCCCCUCUCCUGGAUUCAGAAGGUCUGCCAGUACAAAGCAAAAGUGGCUUGUGUGAAAUCCAGGGACAUGCACUGGGCGCUAGUUGCACAUAGAGAUCAGAGAGACAUCAACCUCUCUUCCCUCCGGAUGCUGAUCGUGGCUGACGGUGCAAAUCCCUGGUCCAUCUCGUCCUGUGACGCAUUUCUCAACGUCUUCCAGAGUAAAGGCCUGCGUCAGGAGGUCAUCUGUCCUUGCGCCAGCUCCCCAGAGGCUCUCACCGUGGCCAUCCGGAGGCCUACGGAUGACAGCAACCAGCCUCCAGGCCGGGGCGUCCUAUCCAUGCACGGGCUGACCUAUGGUGUCAUCCGGGUGGACUCGGAGGAAAAGCUGUCUGUGCUCACCGUGCAGGACGUCGGCCUCGUGAUGCCUGGCGCCAUCAUGUGUUCGGUGAAGCCGGAUGGCAUCCCUCAACUUUGUCGAACAGAUGAAAUCGGGGAGCUCUGCGUGUGUGCCAUUGCAACGGGCACAUCCUAUUACGGCCUCUCGGGCAUGACCAAGAACACCUUCGAGGUAUUUCCCGUGACGAGCUCGGGGGCCCCCGUCAGUGAGUACCCCUUCGUAAGGACAGGCCUGCUGGGCUUCGUCGGCCCCGGGGGGCUCGUCUUUGUGGUGGGCAAGAUGGACGGGCUCAUGGUGGUCAGCGGACGCAGACACAACGCGGACGAUAUUGUUGCCACGGCGCUGGCCGUGGAGCCCAUGAAAUUCGUCUACAGAGGAAGGAUAGCCGUGUUUUCGGUGACCGUCCUGCACGACGAGAGGAUCGUGAUUGUGGCCGAGCAGAGGCCGGACUCCACGGAGGAAGACAGCUUCCAGUGGAUGAGCAGGGUGCUCCAGGCGAUUGACAGCAUACAUCAAGUCGGGGUUUAUUGCCUAGCCUUGGUUCCAGCAAAUACCCUCCCCAAAACCCCGCUCGGUGGGAUCCACUUGUCAGAAACGAAGCAGCUCUUCCUGGAGGGCUCACUUCACCCCUGCAACGUCCUGAUGUGCCCCCAUACCUGUGUCACAAACUUGCCUAAACCUCGACAGAAGCAACCAGAAAUCGGCCCUGCCUCUGUGAUGGUGGGGAACCUGGUGUCUGGGAAGAGGAUCGCGCAGGCCAGUGGCAGAGACCUGGGCCAGAUCGAAGACAACGACCAGGCCCGCAAGUUCCUGUUCCUCUCGGAGGUCCUGCAGUGGAGGGCACAGACCACCCCCGACCACGUCCUGUACACGCUGCUCAACUGUAGGGGUACGAUAGCGAGCUCGCUAACGUGCGUGCAGCUGCAUAAACGUGCCGAGAAGAUCGCCGUGAUGCUCAUGGAGAGAGGACACCUGCAGGACGGGGACCACGUGGCUCUCGUCUACCCGCCAGGAAUAGACCUCAUCGCGGCGUUUUACGGCUGCCUGUAUGCGGGCUGUGUGCCAAUAACCGUCCGCCCUCCACACCCACAGAACAUCGCAACGACGCUGCCGACCGUGAAGAUGAUCGUGGAGGUGAGUCGCUCUGCCUGCUUGAUGACAACACAGCUCAUCUGUAAGUUGUUACGGUCCAGGGAGGCAGCUGCGGCCGUAGACGUCAGGGCAUGGCCCCCCAUCCUGGACACAGAUGAUUUGCCAAAGAAGCGGCCCGCCCAGAUCUACAAACCUUCCAACCCAGACAUGCUAGCUUAUCUCGACUUCAGCGUGUCCACGACCGGGAUGCUUGCUGGAGUGAAGAUGUCUCAUGCAGCCACCAGUGCCUUCUGCCGUUCCAUUAAGCUGCAGUGUGAGCUCUACCCCUCUCGAGAAGUGGCCAUCUGCUUGGACCCUUACUGUGGACUUGGGUUUGUCCUGUGGUGCCUCUGUAGUGUCUACUCAGGGCACCAGUCCAUUCUCAUCCCGCCUUCUGAGCUGGAAACCAACCCUGCCUUGUGGCUUCUUGCCGUGAGUCAGUACAAAGUCCGGGAUACAUUUUGCUCCUAUUCAGUGAUGGAACUUUGUACCAAGGGGCUGGGCUCGCAGACAGACUCCCUCAAGGCACGAGGACUGGACUUGUCCCGCGUGCGGACGUGUGUGGUCGUGGCAGAGGAACGGCCUCGGAUAGCACUCACCCAGUCAUUCUCAAAGCUCUUUAAAGACCUGGGUCUCCACCCGCGGGCCGUGAGCACCUCCUUCGGCUGCAGAGUGAACCUGGCCAUUUGCUUGCAGGGGACCUCGGGACCUGACCCAACCACCGUCUAUGUUGAUAUGCGAGCUCUGAGACAUGACAGAGUCCGCUUGGUGGAAAGAGGCUCUCCUCAUAGCUUGCCCCUCAUGGAAUCAGGAAAAAUACUUCCAGGGGUUCGGAUCAUAAUUGCCAAUCCAGAAACAAAAGGACCGUUGGGCGACUCCCACCUGGGUGAGAUCUGGGUUCACAGUGCCCACAAUGCCAGUGGUUAUUUCACCAUUUACGGAGAUGAGUCCCUGCAGUCAGACCACUUCAACUCAAGGUUAAGUUUUGGAGACACCCAGACGGUCUGGGCACGGACAGGCUACUUGGGGUUCCUGCGGAGGACGGAGCUCACAGAUGCAAACGGAGAGCGCCAUGAUGCCCUGUAUGUGGUGGGGGCACUGGACGAAGCGAUGGAGCUGCGGGGAAUGAGGUAUCACCCGAUAGACAUUGAGACCUCGGUCAUCAGAGCCCAUAAAAGCGUCACAGAAUGCGCCGUGUUCACCUGGACCAAUUUGUUGGUGGUGGUGGUUGAGCUUGAUGGGUCAGAGCAAGAAGCCUUGGACCUGGUCCCCUUAGUGACCAACGUCGUUCUGGAGGAGCACUACCUGGUGGUGGGGGUCGUGGUCGUGGUGGACAUCGGUGUCAUCCCCAUCAACUCCCGGGGAGAGAAGCAGCGUAUGCACCUGCGGGAUGGGUUUUUGGCAGACCAGCUAGAUCCCAUCUAUGUGGCCUACAACAUGUAGUCUCGUCUCUGGUCCCAUAGACUUUUCUAGGAAAGUAAACAUUUUUCUGUGUCACUCAAGUUUGCAGACAUGAGGGCCACAUUCACCGGAAUGGAGCCUUUGUUCACGCGGUGGUGAGACUUUCCACAGCAGUCCUGAUUGGCAUGGGGGUGAAAUGUGAAAUGUGAAUUUACCACUGAAGUUUGCUCAGAAGGACUUUGGAUUACUGCCUUCAGUUUGUUGGAAAAACCCAUUUCAAAACUUUCUUUUCUUUUUUUUUAAUUAUUGGAUAAUAAGUGCUUUCUUCGUAAAUGUGGUAUUUUGUUAAGCCAAAAUAGCAAUUAAAAAAAUAUUCUGCCCUCCAGAUGGGUUCUUUUAAACAAUUUAUGUAGUGUGACAAAGAAUUGUUUUCUCUGUUUAAUGUGUCAUGAAAUCUUAAUGACAUGGACCUUGUUACUAAUUUAAGCCAUUGCUAGAUUUCAUCCUUUUAGGAAAGUUUGUUGAGGUACGAGAAAACCUUCCAAAUAGCACCUUCCGAUUAGAUUUUAGCAGCUUUCUUUGUCAGAAAUGUGCUGGAUAAACAAAGGCUAACAUGUGGCCUUUGAAGUUAGCAUAGAAUGAGAAGAAAUUAUAAAUAAGGUGUAUUUCGGCAACUCUCUUGCAGAUAUCUUUGUACUAAACUAAAAAGAUAAAAUAAGUUAACUUCUUCAUAUGUAAUUAUGUACAAAACGUUUAAUUUAUUUUGAUCUCUUUAGAAGUAUAAAAGAGAAAAACAUUCAAGAACAUUAAAGUCUUGUAAUGUUUGCUAAUAUAAAAAAGUGUUGUAUUAUCUUGCGUGGAUAGUAUCACAACAAAUAUAUAUAUAUGAAAUAUAAAUUCACUAAUGAACAAAGGAGAUUUUAAAGUUUAAAAUGCAGAACCUGUCACUUGCAUGGUGUCCCCUCCACUGUACUGUAGAUAAAGCGAGAUUCUCUCACACCCACUUUGCUGAUGCGAGCAAUCCCAGAUUGCCAGUAGCCCGGUCUAAAUGUUUCUUCUAGAACCAGAGACCAGCAAGUGAAAUUAUUGCCAUCUCGAAGAUGGGGAAGGAAUUUGAGGCGAAAUGUGCACUAUUUUCCCUUUGCUGCGGGGGCAACGGUGAGCGGUCGGUGCCAGUGUGUGCUUACGACCCUGAGCGGACAUUAGGGAAGGCAGGUGUACGACCCUGAGCGGACACUAGGGAAGGCAGGUGCUGAGCAGCACCACUUAGCUGCAAGAAAUCCUUGUUGUUCAUCCUUUUUGUUAAUGUCACCCUUUUUGGUCCUUGGUAUGAAAAGGAGUGCUCUUUUGUGGUCAUUUGCACCGGGUUGUGUUGAUUCCCCUCAGAUGGCCAUUGUAUGGAGUGGACAGACUGUCCAGAACAGCUUUAAGGGAAAAGACUCACAUAGGAGACUGUUACCUCAGCCAGCUCUCUGGGGUUCCCCCGCCCGGAGCUCUGGGGCUCCACCCUCAUGAGCUGCCCCAGGACUCCUCACAGAGCCACUGGCUGGAGCGAGAAAGCCUCCCAGCUGCCUUCAUUUCGCCACCUGUGGAUGACACGUUUCUGAUUUCCGUCUCUCGCUGCUGCUGCCGCCUCACACACCUUCCGAUUUCCACGUCUCAUCUGUACACUCCUCGAGCGAAAUAGCCCAUCUGUGUCCAGCCAAGAAGAGGUAUCCGCUGUCCAAGCGUGAUCUAUCUCGUAACUGCCCCAGUAUGACCCUGCAGUGGCUCUCGUUGCUAGAAAUGCAUGACCAAGAUUGUUGCUGGGCAAACCUUAGAGUCUCUUUUCAUCAUAUUGUAGGCAAUGUCUUCAUCUGCCUUUGCUGUAUGCGCCAGCAGUAAGCCCUUUGCUAAGAGAGUUUUGUUUGACUUCCGAGAUCCAAGGCUAAUCGUUUUUUAAAAAAUUUAAGUGGCAUUUUUUUUUUAAUUUGUCUGCAUGUGGGGUGCAUCCUUCCAUCUCCACAAAUUAUUUGAUUUUUAAGAUAUUGUUUGACUUCAUUGCUGUGUGUGAAUAUUUCUCUACAUGCUUCAGGUACACAUUCCUACAGUCUUCUGCUUCCUAAGGGGGAAAAAAACCCACCACACACAGAAAAAAAGGCAUUUUCUUACACACACCCACCUUGUUUAAGGGGAAGGAGCUUUAAGGUUUCAGGUAGGAUACUGACUAGGAAACACAGCUACAGGAUAACUUGUGAGGUCUAGCUGAUGUGGGAAGCAAACAACAAAUCAGGUAUCACUUCCAGUAUGACCUUCACCUUCACCAUGUCAGCUUCACGUGCAAGGCGGGGCGGUUGUGAACGUGGUUAGUGACGUCUUGUCAUCUCUCAUGGUAGAGUUGAGGUCCAAAGGGUUGGGGGCUGGGAUCGAAGGUCAUUUGUGCAAGAAAAAGGAAAGGAAACCUGUUUCAGCAAUAAAGAAGGAUUGUUCUGUAUUAGAAAUUGUGCUGUAGAUAAAUCAUUCAUGAGAAUGUAACAAUGUUUGUCUUGUGACCUUGUGCUUUUGAAGUCAGACAAAACCGUGUAAUCAACUUGCACAAAGAAGGGUACACAAUGAACAUUGAAACACAGACCUAACCCAACAGGGCGGCUUCCUCAUGGUGCUUGUUUAUUAUAUAUAUUUAAUCCUGCUUGACACUUUACCCAAGGGAAACUGCCCCUUUUAUCAGUUGAAUGUUAGCAGCGUUAUUUCAUAGAGUGUGGUGACUGGUUAGAGAAAUUCAUGUACUCAACCAAUCACGGUUUCAAACAAAAUUUUUAUGUGCAAAGGACGGCAACCUUCUCGUAUGUUAAACCACCAGUAAGCUUUGUACAUCUGUGAUAACGCCUGUUUUAUAUUCAAAUGAACAAAUAAAAGCUUUUAUUUUUGUUGCUCU